AGUACGUGCCGCGUCCCCGUCCCCCGAUGUAUACAACUCAGGGGGGACGGAGGGAGUAACAACCAAACAGAUAGACAGUGAUACAGAGUGACACUCAUGCUCCUUCUGCCUCGAUUUCUGUUCCUUGUCAUUGUCUAGACGCAGAUUUGUGUUUGAUCAAGAACUUAUAACUUUCUCACAUACAUGGCUUCGGACUCCUCUCCGGGUCGGGUCGGGUCUCCGCCGGACUUUGCCUUCGCGUUCAACGACAAGAAUUUCUCCGAUCGAAUCCUGAGAAUCGAAAUUGUCGCCGAUAAUUUCGGGACCGAAAAUGUCGCUGAGGAUGAAUUUGAUGCGGUUGAUGAAGUGGGUGGUCAUCGGAAACGGAGACGAGAAGAAAUCAAGAAUGAUCAAGUGACUUAUCAAGAGGAACAAAUUCUGAAUUGUAACAUGUCGGACACAGAAGAUGGUGAAACGGGCGUGAAACAAGAAAAAGAUGAUGUCGCAAUGGUCAAGGAAUUACCUUCAUGCAAUUCACUUGUUUCUAAUCAAUAUGGUAAACUUUAUGCUUUCACAGAAGAUAAAUCUAUUCAAAGCAGUGAUGCACGUGGGAGCAUGAAGGAUCCAAGAGUUCUUCGAGUGAACACUAUACACAUCAGCUCUCUGAUAUUGGCAGCUAAAAGCCCAUUUUUCUACAGGUUAUUUUCGGAAGGAAUGAGAGAGCCUGAGCAACGGCAGGUGACUUUGCAGAUACAAGCCUCUGAAGAAGCUGCUCUUAUGGAAAUUCUGAAUUACAUGUAUAGUAAUACCAUAUCAACUACAGUGCCUUCAGCUUUGCUUGAUAUUCUUAUGGCUGCGAACAAGUAUGAGGUUGCUUCAUGUAUGAGAUACUGCAGCCGACUUCUGAGUAGCCUACCUAUCACUUGUGAGUCUGCUUUGCUUUAUUUGAAUCUUCCUGGUGUUUUGAAGGCUGAUGCAGUUCAGUCACUGACAGAAGCAGCCAAGCAUUUUCUUGCCCUUAGCUACAAAGACAUAAACAAAUAUACAGAAGAGGUCCUAAAGUUGCCUUUAGCUGGAAUAGAGGCUGUCCUAUCCAGCGAUGAUUUGCAGGUAGCUUCUGAAGAUGCUGUUUAUGAUUUGGUAUUGAAAUGGGCUAGAAUUCACUACCCAAAGCGGGAAGAAAGAAGAGAGGUUCUAGGUCAACGUCUCAGUCGAGUUAUUCGUUUCCCAUACAUGACCUGCAGAAAGUUAAAGAAAGCACUCACAUGCAAUGACUUCGAUGCUGAAAAGAUAUCUAAGGCUGUUCUGGAGGCUCUUUUUUUCAAGGCUGAGGCACCAUAUAGGCAGCGAUUGCAUGCUGCAGAAGAGGCCAGUGUCACUUCAUUACAUCGUUUUGUGGAACGAGCCUACAAGUAUCGGCCUGUCAAGGUAAUCCAGUUUGAAGUGCCUCGACAACAAUGUGUUGUAUAUCUGGAUCUGAAGCGUGAAGAAUGCGCGAAUUUGUUUCCUUCUGGUAGGGUUUACUCGCAAGCGUUUCAUCUUGGUGGGCAGGGAUUUUUUCUAUCAGCUCAUUGCAACAUGGACCACCAAAAUGCAUUCCGUUGUUUCGGGUUGUUCUUGGGUAUGCAGGAGAAGGGAUCUGCAAGUUUUUCAGUUGACUACGAAUUUUCAGCUAGGUCAAAACCAACCGAAGUAUACAACCUUAAGUACAAAGGUAACUAUACAUUCACGGGUGGCAAAGCUGUUGGAUACAGGAACCUUUUUGCUGUACCUUGGACAUCAUUCAUAGCCGAAGACAGUGUGUAUUUCAUCAAUGGUGUACUACACUUGAGGGCUGAGCUCACCAGUAAACAGCAAUGAGUGAAAAUAAUAGGAGUUGCUGACUUUAGGUUUCAGAGUUUGAUAUGUAUAUCGUUAUGACCAAUAGUAUUAUGCUAGGACAGUCAACUUUAACUAGAAGUCGUAUUAUCAACUCUUAACAAGAGUUUCCCUACUUUUGAAACAUUUUAGUAACGCUGUGUUACCUAUCAUUGAUGGGCAGCAUAGUUGGUUGUGUUUUCAAGUUUAAGUUUGAACCGAGGUUUUCCCGCC